UCAACUACAGAAGUGCCUGUUCAAAGUGUUAGCUGGUUUGUGGGCCACGUUUUUUUUUUUUCUGAAGGAUGUGUUUUUAGCUUUUGCUCGCCAAUGUUCACGGUAACGUAACGUUAGCGAGCUGCUGGUCGUGUUUGUUUGUUGUUUACGUUUGGAAAGCUGUCGAGCGGCACGAACUUGUCGCCCGGUGAGUUUUGUGGAAGCAACUCGUGCUUGGGACCCGCCAAAAGCCAAGCAGCGGCACUAGCUCGGAAGUGAGUGUUUUCUAGCUAGUGCUCGUUAUAGUUUUGCUUUUGUUACGCUUCCUCGGAAGACACAAUGAGUGGGGGGUUCAACUUUGGUCAAGCCUCUACCACGGGGUUCACUUUUGGAGCUAAAACCACCGCUGGAGCGGCUCCCACCACGGGCUUCGGAGUGCCGAGCUCCGCUCCUUCAGCCCCAGGCGGAGGUUUCUCUUUCGGGACCCCGGCUCAAGCUGCGAGCACCCAGGCCAGCACCAACCCUACCGGGGGGUUCAGCUUCGGCACCCCUGCUAAGAGCACGGCAGCCGGUGGGGGUUUCUCCUUCGGGACUCCUACCUCCACAUUCAACCUGGGCCCAGCCUCUCAGCCAGCAGCAGCACCAGCAGGGCUCACCUUGGGCUCCGCGGCAGCGCCUGCUGCCAGUGCAGGGUUCACACUUGGUGGCAGCCUGUCCACUCAGACCACCGCCGCCCCCCCAGCCGGAGGGGGGUUCAGCUUCGGGACUGCUGCCCAAGCUCCAGCCCAGCCUGCAGCAACAACGACAGCUGCUGCAGCAGCAACAUCCGGCGGCCUUUCGUUAGGAGGGUUCAGCUUUGGUGCCAAAGUCCAGGUGACCUCAGCUGCAGCCUCCACUGCUCCCACAGGGGGAGGCUUCUCCUUUGCCAGCGGUGCUACCCCUAACCUCUCCAUGGGUACCCAGCCAGCUGCAACCACUGCAGCAGCAACAACAGUCCAGGGUGGUGGUGGAGGAGGAUUUGCCUUUGGAAUCAAACCUUCAUCAACGCCCGCUCCUUCCACCCAGGCCGCCCCAGCAACAGGCCCUUCACUGUUCGCUGCCCCUGUCUCGACAGCCGCUCCCACCGCAGCCCCCACCGGCUUUGCUUUGGGUGUUGCUGCAACCACAACAGCAACCCCUGCGACCACCACAGCAGCAAGCGGAGGCCUGGGCUUCAUGCUCAAACCUCUCGGAGCAGCUACCACCACCUCUGUCCCUGCCGCCACAGCCACAAUUGCAGCUGCGCCUGCCUCAGUGGGCACUGCUACAGGCCUCAUACUGGGUGGUCUCAAACCUGUUGCCACCACAAGCACCACAGCAACUGCAUCAGCCAGCACAACAAUCACCAGCACCGCUCCCCCUGUCAUGUCCUACGCCCAAAUAGAAGGCCUCAUCAACAAGUGGAGUCUGGAGCUUGAGGAUCAAGAGAGACAUUUCCUGCAGCAGGCAACUCAGGUGAACGCCUGGGACCGCAUGCUGGUGGAGAAUGGAGAGAGGAUCACAUCCCUGCAUAAGGAGAUGGAGAAGGUGAAGCUGGACCAGAGGCGGCUGAACCAGGAGCUGGACUUCAUCCUGUCCCAGCAGAAGGAGCUGGAGGACUUGCUCUCCCCGCUUGAGGAGUCGGUGAAAGAACAGAGCGGGACCAUCUACAUGCAGAAUGCAGAUGAGGAGCGAGAGAGGACGUACAAGCUUGCUGAGAACGUGGACGCACAACUGAAGAGGAUGUCGCAGGACCUGAAGGAGAUCAUCGAACACCUGAACACAUCCAGUGGCCCAGCAGAUACCAGUGACCCACUUCAGCAGAUCUGCAAAAUCCUCAACGCUCACAUGGAUUCACUUCAGUGGAUCGACCAGAAUUCAGUUCUUCUGCAGAGGAGGGUGGAGGACGUGUCCAAACAGUGUGACAACCAACGCAAGGAACAGGAGAAAACAUUUCGCUUAACGUUUGACUGAUUGAUACUUGGCUAAUUUUCAAAGUCUUUUUUCAAGUAGUCAUAAACAGGGAUGUCUUCUCAGAUUGUUUUCUUUUUUCGAAUGUACAUCCAGUUUAUCACAAUUUGCUGUUCAUCUUUUUGCUUUGUGUGUUUUGAUCAGAAAGAUGUAUAUUUUCAAUGCAAUAGCAUAUAAAGCAUUGAUUUCUUAUGUAGAAAAAUGAAAAACAAAUCUGUUCCCCUGAUAACACUGCGCUUAUAUUAAUUAAUGUGGAUAAAUAAAUCUUUGUUGGAAUCAA